CGCGUGCGCCGCGGCGCGCAUUUCGUGCGCGUGAGUGACAGUGCCAUGUGGAGAGUGCUGGCUGUUGUAUUCGUGGCGGGGGCGGUAGGGAGCGAGCUGCCGGAGAACUUCGUGCGAUGCCGACAGAAGGACCCGAAGCUGAAUGAUUGCCUGAAGUCGGCUGUCCCUGAUGCCCUCAGGAAAAUGAGAAAAGGCAUCCCCGAUCUCGGCGUGCCGUCAAUCGAGCCUCUAUACGUAUCGGCCAUCAACAUACAAUCUGGAGUCGGCCCAGUGGUCCUAGCUCAAAACUACAGGAAGAUACAGCUACAUGGACUGGCGGAGACUAUAUUGACUACUUACAAAGCUGACCUGAAACACUACCGUCUGGUGACCAACUCCUUAACUCCAAAGAUGGAGUUCAUAGCCGACUACGUUAUGAAAGGAAGGAUCUUAGUUCUACCUAUCCAAGGGAAAGGUGUCGCUAAUGUUACUAUGGUGAACCUAGUAGUGAAGCACGACUUAAUAGGCGAGCCAGUAGAACGAGACGGAGAGACCUACAUGCACAUCAAGGACUAUAAGGUCCGCUUCUUCCCGAAGAGGGUCUUCCUGCAUUUUACCAACCUCUUUAAUGGGGACAAACGGCUGGGCGAUCAGAUGAACUUAUUCCUAAACGAGAACUCAGACCUAGUUUUCAACGAGCUCAAGGAAUCCUACGAGAAGAGUCUCAGCUCCGUGUUCCAAAAUGUCACCAACACCAUCUUCGACAAAGUGCCUAUGAACAAGAUCUUUCUAGAAGACUGAAUUAGACUUAAGUACCUACAUAGAGGAAAUAAGUAAGGGAAUUGUAACUCCAUACAUCAGUAAAUGCGGGUUAUUUGUAGUGACAUCUAGCGACAAUCACG